AUGACGCUAGUCCCGCAUACCUCAACUCUGCUAAAGACGGGCUGGACCUUCAAGCAAGGCGAUCGCUCUUCUACUCACGCGUAUUUACCUGCCCGCGAUGUACCGACUGAAAUCUACCGCGACCUUCUCAAGAACGAAAAGAUCGCAGACCCUUUCAACGAUCUCAACGAGCUUGCAGUACAAUGGGUUGGCGACGAGACAUGGACGUACCGCACCAUCUUCGCUGCGCCUUCCGAAUACGGGACUGCAAACACAGUCACCAGACUUCGUUUCCAAGGUCUGGAUACCUUUGCUUCUGUCUAUUUGAAUGGGCAUAAGGUCCUAGAGUCUGACAACAUGUUUGUCGAGCAUGAGGUCGACGUCUCAGGCAGACUUGAGUUGGACGAGAACGUCUUAGAAAUCGUUUUCGAGUCAGCGCGCAAAAAGGGUCGCGAGCUAGUGGAACAGCACAAAGAGCACCGCUUCAUCGUACAUCAAACGGAAAUCUCAAGAGGGCCUGUUCGCAAAGCGCAAUUCCAUUGGGGAUGGGACUGGGGUCCUGUCCUCAUGGCAUGCGGUCCUUGGAAGCCGGUUUCGAUUGAGACAUGGUCCUGCCAGCUUUCAAGCCCAGGGGUGCAGUAUGAGCUGUCGCAAAAUUUGAAAUCGGCGGAGGUCAAAGUUAAGGUCGGUUGGGAAGGUGUUGUCGCUGCUAUAGGUUUCACAAUCCUCAAAAAGGACAGUCUCGAAGCUGUGGCAGAACAAAAGGUUGACGUCAGCACCGAUGAUCAGUCGGGCCUCGCAGAAGCUACCAUGGCCAUCAAUGACAUUGAGCUGUGGUGGCCGCGAGGCCAUGGUCAACAAUCUCUCUACACCAUCAAGAUUCAGGCCUUUGCACCGGACCAUCCGUCUCCGAUUCAUGACAUCUCUCAAAAGUUUGGCUUUCGCCGCGCCGAACUAAUCACAGAGCCAGAUUCGUACGGUACGUCGUUUUAUUUCCGUAUCAACGACAUCGAUAUCUUUUGUGGAGGUUCAUGCUGGAUACCCGGCGACGCGUUUCUCACGCGCCCUUCUCCAAGGGAUUCCCGUGCUUGGGCCAAGCUCUGUGCUGAUGGCAACCAAACCAUGCUCAGGGUCUGGGGAGGUGGCAUUUACGAAGACGAUGAACUAUACAAUGCCGCUGACGAAUACGGUGUAUUGAUAUGGCAGGAUUUCAUGUUCGCGUGUGCAAACUAUCCAGCCUACCCGGAGUACUUGAAGAGUGUGGAACUGGAAGCGACACAAAAUGUCAGACGUUUGAGAAACCAUCCAAGUGUAGUGAUAUGGGCGGGCAACAACGAAGAUUACCAGAUCGUGGAGCGAUACGGGCUGCAGUAUGACCCUGAAGAUAAGGAUCCAGACUCUUGGCUCAAGACCGACUUUCCAGCACGGUACAUCUACGAAUAUCUUCUCCCAAACGUGGUGAAACAAGAAUGUUCAAAUGUACUGUAUCACCCUAGUUCACCAUUCGGAAACGGCAAGUCCACCGUCUUGAAAGUUGACCCUACAAUUGGCGAUAUUCAUCAGUGGAACGUUUGGCACGGUACUAUGGAGCCCUAUCAGCGAUUGCCUGAUCUGGGCGGACGAUUUGUCUCUGAGUUCGGAAUGGAGGCAUAUCCCCACGUAUCUACUCUCGAAUCAUGCAUCACCCGUAAAGAAGACCUCUACCCAGGCUCGAUGGUGAUGGACUUUCACAACAAAGCCAUCGGUCAUGAGCGACGGCUCAUCAGCUACCUCGCUGAGAAUUUCCGUAUCAGGUACGAUUUGGAGAACUUCGCUCAUCUCACCCAGGUCAUGCAAUCAGAUGCAUUGACGUGGGCUUACAAGUCCUGGCGCCGUCAAUGGAAUACGCCUGGCGAUCGCAAGUGCGGAGGUGUAUUGGUAUGGCAACUAAACGAUUGCUGGCAGACUAUGUCCUGGUCUGUUACAGACAUUCAUGGCGUCCCUAAACCAGCCUUCUACGCAAUCAAGCGUACGAUGCGUCCUAUCACUAUUGGUGUGCAGCGCAAAUACCAAAGCUGGACUAUGCGACCAGCUGAUGAACUGUGGCAGCGCGACACAGGACAUAUCGACAUGCGAAAGUUAUGGCAGGAUGUCGAACACGAUGUCUGGAUUUCCAAUAGUACCCUGCAAGAGGUUGAGGGUGUUGUGACCGUACGCUAUAUCUCCAUCAAGACAGGCGAGGAAGUUGGCACGAGGGCUUCUGCCACAGUACAGGUCGCGGCCAAUGGAACAACUAACGUCUUGGUUGACCAUGUCGCCCAAAUCAACCACGUACAAAAUUUGAAUGAGCCUUUUGAUUCAUCGAAAGCCGAUCCAUUCGUCAUCCAUGCGACGUUGACUAUCAAUGGCGAGUAUGCUGCCAGCGAUAUCGCCUGGCCAGAACCAAUCAAGUAUCUGUCUUUUAGCGAUCCAGGUGUGCAGUUGCGCUACUCGGAAGACAAGAAGACUAUUUCUGUCUCUGCUGCGAAGCCAGUCAAGGGCUUCGUCUUCGCCGAGAAUCCACGUUCGCAUCUAAGUGAUAACGGGUUCGACCUAGUGCCUGGGGAAACGAGAGAUGUCCAAGUGGAAGGUUUCCCAGCAACUGCUUUGACAUGGAGAUAUAUUGAAAUGUAG